AUGUAUAAUCCCGCAUUGUCCUACUAUGCGGGUCCGUGGGCGCCGCCGCCUCCUGGUUUCUAUCCUGCGCACCGGGUUCAAGGGCCUCAACAACCCCCUACUAAUCAGCCGUCCACAAACAACGUAUCCACCGCCGCUCAGCAAGAUUCAGCUUCUGCUCAUGCGGCGGUGAAUGCUCCACGUAAUGAUAAACCGAGCGCUGAAGCCAAACAGCCUGACCCAGAUCAGAGUGCUGUUGCUCAAGCCCCAAUGAAUGGUCAUGAAAACCAAGUCCCAGCUCUGACCUUCGAUAUUAUGGUAAGUCUAUCAGGGGUACUGUGGUUUGAACAAUGCAGCUAA